AUGUCUGGUGGUCCCAUCUCCUGCUUCUCUAAACAGGGAAUACUACUUCUCCUACUCUCCAACCUCCACUAUGGUGUAGGUGUUCCUCCGAUCAUCAACAAGAGAGUGGGGGACUCCGUGGAGCUGCUGGCAGGCAAAGAGAAUGGACAUUUGAAAUCCUUGGUGUGGAAGUAUAUGGGAAAGGAAAUUGCAGAAUUCAUCUCAGAAGUUGUAUAUUCAUAUGGAUCCCAGUUUGAGGGGAGACUAAAGAUGAACACCAAAAACUUCAGUUUAACAGUCAGAGAACUGACACUGCAAGACUCAGGGGAUUUUCUACUUACAGGCGAUGGGGACAAAGGUCAGAUUAACAGUAAGACCGUCACUGUGAAGGUCCACGAGCCUAUAUCCAAGGUGGCGAUCCAGACAGACAUCAAGCUAUUGGCCAACCACUCCUGUACGGUACGGCUGGUGUGCAACGUGUCCUGCUACCCCAACAUUACCUACACCUGGGAGAGAGACAAUGAGAUCUAUGGGGACGCCCAGCAGAUUCACUUCUCUCUCUCACCAGCAGAGAGAAACAUCAGUGUAAAGUGCAACGCCUCCAACCUAGUCAGUUGGAAAACUGCCUUUGAGACAGUAAAGUGUAGUAGUGACACAACCACCCCAGAAUAUGUGACAGGACUGCCGUGGUAUACCAUCUACAUCGGAGUAUCAGUGGGUUGUGCUGUGAUGCUGAUCCUAACUGUAGCUGUGGCAGUGUGCUACUGCAGGGGCCAAAGUAACACAGAAGAUCUAACUGACAACACAAUAUAUGCUGAUGUUAUGGACAACACAAGAAGUAGAGAUACAAGAUCAAACAGUCAGGUAAACCCAAUAUCCAUCUAUGAGACUGUCAAUGAUCUGGUUAUCCCAAGAUUGAACAAGCCGCAGACUCUGUAUGACAAGAUCGCAUUUGGACGCCCAGAAGGCCCCCCAGUACCAGAAAGUACUGUGAGCUGAACAGGAUGUGGUCAUAAGCUGGGCCUUGCAUAGAUAUAGAACCCUCUGCAUCCUCUGCAUCUUACACGUGUACAUUCUGUAGAUAGGCCUGGAUGUUACCUUUUAAUUUCAUCAGGAUCUACACAAGUUGCUUACAAUUUGAUGAUUGUACUCUUCUCCCUUCAUUAAAAUUAUCAUAUAUAUGUAUAUGUGUAUAUAUAUAUCAUAUAUAUGUAUAUGUGUAUCAUCAGGCCUUAUGCCUUUCUUUGAGGGCCGAGUUACAAUUAGGAGAUUCUGAAAUGUGUCAUAGGCAGUUAUAGGUGUUGUGAUCAGACAAGCUCAUAUGUCAAAUUUCUAGUUUCUAGAUGAAGGAAAAUAGUUGUAGAUAAUAGUAUGACAUUGAUUAGUGAGGUUGAUUUAUGCCUGUGAAUAGAAGGUGUACUCUUUUGCAUUAGAAUUAUGUGCUCGCCAGGCAUCGAUGAGGAUGUAAUCAGAGAGUAUAUGAUGGAGAGUCUUUGUUACAUGUGGAUUGUAGUUGAUCUUAUUUGAUUUGUCUGCAUGUCCAAAAUGGCAUUCAUGCCUGUCCCAAUAACCGGAAGGAAUUCAAUUCAUUCCAAAAAAUAUGCCGUUCACAGAAUAAAAAAUGUUUCUACA